AGAGGGAAGGAGGAAAACAAGGAGAGAGACAGCCAGCUGAGAAAGAAAGAUAAAUGGGGUGUGUGUGUGUAGGGGCGGGGGGCUCUUGCCCUUAUAGAGGAUCUGCUCCUGCCUUCUGCUGUGCUAGAGUAAAAUCAGUGGUCAGAGGUAAUUGCAGAAAUAGGAAAAAUAGGUUCUCCUGGGAUGGACAAGAACAAAGGUGGUGGUGGGCAUCCAGUGAACAACAGAGUCCAGGACUGAGAAGGAAAAGGUACCUUCAGGGGUUGUGCAGGUCAAGAAGCUGGAGAAUCAAUCAGCAGCAGCAACAGAAGAAUGCAGUUCAGGAAGAUUCCCAUCAGAUCCGUUCCCAUCAAGUAUGUGGGCGGCCAGCUGCCCUGAACAGAAAUGUUGGGGGUGAGGACUCUGUGGAAGGUGAAUGGCCCUGGCAGGUCAGUGUCAGGAAGCUGGACAAGCAUGUUUGUGGAGGGGCCCUGAUCACCCACAACUGGAUUGUGACAGCAGCACACUGUUUCCAACCGGACAGCAAUCCUUCCCAAUUCAAUGUGGUGCUGGGGGCCAACAAACUGGAGAACUCCGGACCCCACAGGCAGUCCAUAGGGGUUGCAGAGAUCUUCCGGAACCCCUGGUAUGCGGGGGAGGCCACAAGUGGUGACAUUGCCUUGGUGCGGCUGGUCCAUUCAGUGAGAUUCAACAAUUACAUUCUGCCAAUCUGUGUGCCUGCGGCGAAUGUGGAUUUUCCUUCUGGGAAGAAGUGUUGGGUCACUGGCUGGGGAGAUAUUAGCGAAGGACAGGAUCUGCCAGCUCCAAAGAAGCUCCAGAAGCUCCAGGUGCCCAUAAUAGACACUGAGACCUGCAGAAGACUCUACAACAUUGACAUGGGUCAGAGCCUACCCCGGAAGCCCAUCCAGGAUGACAUGAUGUGUGCAGGAUAUGCUGAGGGCAUGAAGGACACAUGCAAGGGUGAUUCUGGUGGCCCACUGAUGUGCAAAAUGAACCAGGAAUGGCUCUUGGCUGGUAUCGUGAGUUGGGGGGAAGGCUGUGCCGAGAAGAACCGCCCCGGCGUGUAUAUCCGCCUCACUUCAUACCAGAAUUGGAUUCAUAGCAUUAUCCCUAAUCUGGAGUUUAUCCAGACUAGGAUGGGUCAGAACAAGGCCAAGACCCAGAAUCAAGCCAAUGGGAGGAGACAGGCCUUCUUUUCCUUUGCUCUGCUGCUGGUCUUAGUGUGGACUUUGACUCACAUCUUGGUAUAGGACCUGUGGAAAGAAGAAGCCACAGGUGGACAAAUGGUGCUCUUCUUACCCCUCUUCUCGUCUACUUCCUGUCUCUUGGCCAUUUCUAACUUCACCUGCCCAGGAUGCUGAGGUCUGGUCCCCGUUCACCGUGAACACAGGCUUGAACAAGGUGAUACAAGGGCAUGAAUGUCUCCACAGAUGUAUUGAUGGUUUGGUGCCUGCUCCCCAUGAGGUGGAGGAUGUAAACCUGCCUUUUGCCAGUAUACCCAGUCUCUGCCUCUUCUCCUGUCACCACACACCACUGUUGUCCCCACCUCUCUUCUUCUCUCCAGCUGCUUUUGGGGGCUACUAGUGCCUCAGUUCCAGUCAUAUUUUAAAAAGAUGUUGUGCGUGUCCAUGCCUCCACAGUGUCACGGCAGCUGGGACUGGGAUGCUGGUGGUCCCUGGAUCAGUCUAGGCAUUGAAUAGGAGAGAGUCAUUGGGUGGGGUUGAAGGGCAUGGGGUUGGUCUGCCUGACCAUUUAACAGAGAUGCAAACUACACGUGAUGUUCAGUUGUAUGAUCCUUCCUCUCCCCUGAUGAUUUACAGCAGCUUCUCAGGGGCUGUGGCUGAGAGCAGGAAGCGGGGAGAAUACUUAACCAUGACCGUGUGGGUGAUGGUCACGAGCUUGGAUGGCUUUUAAAGGGGCUUAGACAAAUAGCGAGCUUGGAUGGCUUUUAAAGGGGCUUAGACAAAUUCAGGGAGGACAGGUCUCUCAGUGGCUACUAGUCUGAGGGCUAUAGGCCACCUCCAGCCUCAGAGGCAAGAUGCCUCUCAAUACCAGUUGCAGGGGAGCAGCUGCAAGAGAGAGGGCAUGCCCUCAUCUCUUUCCCGUGGGCUUACCAGAGGCAUCUGGUGGGCCACUGUGGGAAACAGGAUGUUGGACUAGAUAGGCCUUGGGCCUGAUCCAGCAGGACUGUUCUUAUGUUCUUACCCUUCUUGCUGUGCAAGAUUGUCAUUCUCAAGCUGCGUUCUCACUUUCAGGAAGAUCCUGAGCCCCAGUCAGAAAACUACAGUUCCCAAGGUCCCCCAGGUAGAAGGAAUGCCCGAUAAACCAGUUUAAAACUGUGGUGUAGACAUGCUCUCCCUUUCUUCAUCUGCAUUUAGUAAACCAAAAGGUCAACCAUUUUCCUGUCCUCAAAGUCUCUUAUUAUCUAGGCAUUUCUUUUUGCUGUUCUUUGGCCUUAGCUGCACUCAUCUGUUCCUUUCCCUUAAAAAAAGCUUCCUUUUGUGAAGUGUUUGGACAUUGUGUUCUACAAAGCUGGAAAGGCACAGCUAAAGAAAUUUCAAAACAUGCUUCAGGGCUUCUCUGUUCCAACUCUGAAGAACAUUCUCCUUUCCUGUAGUACAGCCACUCUUUGCAUAGAUUUAGUGCAAAUGACUGCAGACAGACUUGCCAAGUUUUGAAAAUGUAAAAAGAGGGACGAUUUAGCUUUCCCCCAACCUUGUAAGUAUCCAUCACCCCUGUGGUCAUUGUAUGGAAUCACUGAAUCCAGGCUGAACAAACCUAGGCCUGGUUCUCAUUAGGAGUGUGGAUGAACUGAAAAUUGUGGUUUGGUUCAAAUUCGGAGGUGAGAACUGUACCACCGUUGUGCUGGUGGCUUGCUGCAAAGGGAGCGCCAUAUGCUUGGGCUGUGCCAGGGGGGAAGAUGGCGGCACCAGUGGCCACCACCAGGCCAGUAAGAACCCACCCUUUUGAUCCUGAAUUGGUCCGCCCGAAUUCAGCUCGAUUUGAUUUGAUUGCGGAUUGAACCGCCCAACCGGCCCGGUUCGAGGUGAACCGGUUCAGGAUCGAAUGGUUCAUGCACACCCCUAGUUCUCAUAAGCAAAACCAGGGUAAGGGGAGCAUCCAGCCAGGCUCCAAGUCCUGUGUGCACUUGCAAGAAUUGGUCACGUGCUGGCAAACACCGAGGUAGGAGGAGGGGGAAGUGAUAACAUAUUUACCCAAAUACAAGAUGGCCCUAAAUUUAAAAUGACCACCUUAAAAAUAAGGGUUAAAUACAGGUUAUUCUGUUUACCCCAAAGGAAGAGGACCCUUAAUUUAAGAUGACCCCCAAUUUCUAACAUCAAAGAACUUGGGGGAAAAACCUAGUUUGGGAGUUAGAUAAAUACAGUAAUGUGCUAAUCUCAAGUGGUGUGGGAUGUGCUUUUCCUCCACCCUUGAUAAAAUGCUGGGUAAAUGAUCUGGGUUGGCUGCUAGCAUUGGGGUGUAGCUAUAAUUGAGCGGAUGGGUUCAAAGAACCUGGGCCCCACAGCUCCUGAGGGCACCCCAGCUCCACCCCUCCCUAUUUUCUUCUUUAUCUCCCUCACUCUGAGGGGA